GCUGGUGUAGGGAAUCGGACACAGUGUUGACAACUUUCAAACAGGAACAUCAGCUGUUGCUCCUCAAUUUCACCUCAACUGGGUUUCAGCGCUACAAGAGCCAAGUAACUUUUUUCUUUUUACAGCACUGUGCUGGCCCUACGGGUUAAGCUCUUCCCCUUGAAGAUUAUCAUAGCGUUUCAAAUAACCCGUCAAGGAAGUUUCCUUGAGGCAGGACUGUUGAGGAAGGUAAUGAUGGAUGAUGUUACACCAAGAUUGGCACCACCACCUAAACCAACCACCCUUGAGUUGAGCACACCCAAGCCUGUGGUACCUGAGGUGUCGCUGAUGUUUGAUAGUGAUGACAGUCUAAUAUGGCAAGGAUCACGGCACAGUCUUCCAAAUGAAAGAGCAACAGCUUUUGGAAAUCAGUUAAGCCAAGAUAAAGACCAAAUCUGUACUCAAAUUGUUGGCAACUCAAAAAGCUCUUCCAUACAGGAUGUGGGGAAAGUUUUAGGAAAGAAUACCUAUUCCAACUCUUCACCAAGGAUAUCACAAGUCAGAAAUGUUCAUUUUGAGUCCUCUCCAAGAUACAUUUCAAGUCAAGUAAAAGACAGUGUGGCUGGUGGGAUAUUGCCAAGGAGGCUUAAUGAUUCUCAAGAAAAUCUGUCAAAAUAUGUAGGCACUUCACCUCUCAUAAGUCCAUCUAUUAACACGGCUACAAAUGAGAGGCCUUAUAAUCCCCAGGUGUAUAGUCCUGCACAUAAAAUUGCAGCAAGGAAUGAUUUAUAUGAUUUUGGGACUGAUGGUUUAAAAAAACAUGUCUCCCCAAUGACAAAAAAUAAAAUGCCUGUUGUGCAGAAUUAUGCAACUUGCACAGAAAAGAUUUUGACACAUCCACAUUCCAGUCAGAAUGAUGUUAACCCAUAUAUUUUCAAAAAUGGUUCAGCACUUAAACCAUUAAUAAAUCAGGUUUUACCUGCUAUUAAGAAUACUACUCAUCCCGUUGAAACCGAAACCAACAUUUCCAUUAAAAAUAGUGACUUUUCUAAUAAUUCUCCUUUGCUUCAGAACAAAGAAAAUGUGAGCAGUCAAGUUAAUGAAGAAAGAAUGAACAGUGUUCAUAGAAAUUACUUUUCACCUCUUUCUACCUCCCUUCCUUUACAAGCUCUUCAGACUAAUCAAAAUUUCCAGGGUCAAAGAUCUCUUCCUAUUAAUCAAGAGUGUGUUCAUCCAGAACCUCCCAGCUACUAUCCUCUGGCAGGUGGUAGAUUGUACAGUCCAACAGACCCAAUGGUUUAUCAUCUAAUCGAAGAUCAGAACCUUCAAAUUUUAAAGCUGACUAAAACUUUAGACUACAUCAUGAGAAAACAGCAGGAAAUUGAAUCCCCCAAAGAUGUAGCAACAGGUGAAGUCGUAAAGGAUAAAAUAAUAUAUGCAAAAAGGAGCAGUUUGAAUCGAGAGUGUCUUCAAAGAGAAAUAUCCACACAGACAUCAGAUAGCACCAUACCAGAAACAAAAUCUGUUGGCGUGAACACAGAUUUAACUUGGAUGGAUUUUGUGGAUUCUGAUCGACAAUGUGAUACUGUUGCUAAUCACUUGGGUUCCAGUUAUGGUAGGAGACCCAGAUGUGAUCAAGAGAAAGAAGAAUCAUUAACAGAGAGAAAUGACUUGAGAACAGAGCAAGCCACUCCUGUCAACAUGACAAACAAUUGUGGUGACAUUGUGAGUGAAUCAAAUAAUGGUUGUCCUAGGAAUGAUAGAAGUGUUGAAUGGGUAGAUUCCUUAGCCUUGGGAGAGAGUGCUAAGGCAUAUGAAAAUAACCUCCAGGCCCAAAACCAAUCUUCUAGCUCUGUCUCUGGCCCACCUGGUGUUACUUUCUACAACAAUGUUAUGACAAAUAUCAAACAAAUUCUCCAAAAUUCUAAGACUGCUGAAGAAGAAAAGGGGCAAACUCAACAUAAUGAAGACAUCAUUCAGUCCAGAAGGCCUGUAGAAGCCGAGGUUGUGGAGACUGUUGAGCCACCACCUGACCCUCAGAUUGAAGCUGUAAGGAAGCAGCUCGUACAGUUUGGCAUUAGCUUCAUUGACCCUGUAACUCUAACUUCAAAUCAUAAAACCAUAAUGGACACUAUGUACCUUCCUGGGAUCCAGAACAUUAUGUAUCAGAGUACUAUCAGCACUCACUAUCAAACCCCCUGCCAUGAAACUGAUGCUACAGCAGCCAAGUACCUCACAGACUCGCAGUUAGCAGCUAUUGCUGCUAUGUCUCCAGCAAUGAAAAAAAGAAAUGGGAGUGAGAGUGCAGUUACUGAUGACACUUCUGUUCCACAAUUUAGUAGCAGCCAAGAAAAAAAACAAAGCCAGUUCUACAAAUUCAAUAACAAUGACUUUUCUAUAGCUACUAAAAAAUUCCUAGAUAGGUAUGGACUGCAGGAUAACUAGUUUUGGUAUGUUUGUACAUUAACUAGUUUUUAUUUAAGGACAUUUCUUAUCUUGUUUAUAAUAUUUUACUCUUAGUACCUUGCCUUGGGAAAUGUGUUCUCUUCUUAUAGCAAUGACAUACAUUAUUCAAGUUUUAACACUAAAUCUUUUUCCUAUUUCUUGAUAUCAAAAUAUUUCCUAAAGUAUAUUAAAACUGAACAGCAUUUUAGUCUGUCCUGGACCAAUAUCAACUUGCAUCACUAUAAUGCUCCAGUACAGACUGAAAUGUCCAAUUAGCAAGUUACCUGCUACUAGUCCCAGUCAUGGUAAUGUUGCUUAUUUUUAACCAUGAUGUUGCUAUAUUUUCCACCUUUUCUAGUCAGUUUCAGUGCUAGAGCAAUCAGUGGUUUAAUGAUCUUGCAAUAAUUUAUUAAAACUUAGGUACACUUUGCAGAGAUUCCCCAACAGUUAAAAAUAUUUGCCAUAAAUUUUUUUAAAGUGUAGCAUUUGAUGUAAAUGUAUGUAAAACACCACAUAGCUUAGAAUUUAAUAAUUCACUGAAGCAAGCCUUACCCACACUUAAGAGCUCACUUUAGUGAUACAGACAUAUUACUUUGCAGAUAUAAUUCAGCCUUUAAGUAAGUGAUACCUGUAAAAUAGAGAAGUAAUAACUGUAAAAUGGAAGAUUUCUCUAUAAAAGCUGUCUUAUUGGUAUAAGUCUAACCUGUGUGAUGUUUUAUGAAUUCUAAUUGCUGUACUACUAUGUACUGAUAAUUGGAAGAUUCAGUGUGGAUAACAGCAGACUUCCUCUAUAAUAAGACAUUAAAAAUUUUAACUAAUAUAGUUGGCAUCCUGCAGUGGAGAGGUAAGUGAAUACAUCAUCCUUGAUGAAUCAGUGUUGGGGUGGCAAGUCCCUCAGCCUUAAGUGUUCAGCCCUGUAGUUGAGAGACUAUGGAGAUUAGUGUGUGUCAAGAUUGAGGGGCUGAUUGCCUCAUCUUGACCUCUCCAUGUUUACUAAUCUAGUUGAUUUAUAUGUCCAUGUUGUGAUAUUGAUUUUAGAAUUUUUGUAUAAUUCUAAAAUGAGUAUCACAAACACAGACAUAUACAUCAGCUAGAUUGGUAGAUGAGUAAAACAUUCAACAGAUUUUAGCUUUUUUUUUUUUUUGCCUACUCUGCAGACUUCUAUCGAAUACAGAGAUGAAUAUUGAGAGAGCAGAAACAGUGGAGAGGUCAAGAUGAAGUGAUCAGUCCCUCAAUCUUGACACUGUUAAUCUCCAUAGUCUCAAAACUAUAGAGCUCAACACUUCAGGUUGAUGUACUGACUGCUUCAACUUGACCUCUCCAUUGUUUCUGUUGUCUCAGUUAUCUCCUCUAUCUAACCAAAGUCUGCAGAGUAGGCAAAAAAAAGUUAAACUUGCUUGUCUACCAAUCUAGUUGAUUCAAGUGUUCGUGUUCGUGUUUGUGAUGUUCAUUUUGGAAUUAUGUAACUUGUGAAAAUGAUAUACAGGAAUAAUAUAUUAUUUAUUUUUCUUAAUAUUAUAGGAAUAUUUAGUUUCUUUUGCUAUAUUUUAUUUACAAAUAAAAAAUAAAAAUCUGCUCAUACAACCCUAAUCCUUUCAUUAUGCCCAGCUCUUAUAUGGUUAACACCAACAUAUUUUAACAAGUCUGAAUAUAUGGGAUCAUAUGAAAGAUAUAAUGAGAUCAGUUAAUGAAAUUGUUUUAAAAUUCUUUGGCUACUUUUACAGAGCAAUAAACCCAUAUGGUUCAUUUGGCUGGAACGUGUAAAAGUGAAAUAUUUGUCUCCAAUCUGACCGAGGGAAGUUCUUUGAUGUGCGUGAAGCGCUCAUGAUUAUUAUUAUUAUAAUCAAGGGGGAAGCGCUAAACCCGGAGGAUUAUACAGCGCCUGGGGGGGGGAGGGAUGUGGAAGGCAUUCAGGCUUAAUUCGGGGAACUGGAGCACAGAUCCAAUUCCCUAAAUCAAGAGCCCCUCACCAACAUCAAGGAACCUUCCUUGAGGGGAAGCGCUCAUGAGCCAAAGAAUUGGAACCUACCUUCCCUUUUUUUGGCUCAAACCUG